GGGGGUGAGGGUGAGGGGGGUUUCCUAUUAGUUUACAGGGAGAGAAGUCAUUUUGUUACAUUUCACAGCAGAGCCUUUCACCAAUGUGGCUAAAUAGUAGCAAAAUACAGUUGUCCUUCCAGCUCAGUGUCUGCUCAUUAGCAGUAAAACAACCAAAAGGCAAGAAUAAGAAAGAAGUUCAGACUAGGUCUUUUGGUAAUCCAUUUCUGAAUAACCAAGUUGCCUGCAAUUUACUCAUCCUGUAGGUUUUAAUAGUGUUUAUGCAAUUGUUAGCCCAUUAAUUCAAUAGUUGCUAAUUUGUGGCUUUAGACCCUGGGCCAGGGGAUAGGUGGGAGGGAAGGAGAGGGAGUGGAAUAGAAAAAUUAUUGCAAAGGUCUUCAAAUUCUUGUGCACACCAAAUGUUACUGUUUUCAUUUAGCUCUUAACAAAAUAUGCAGCAUUAUUUGGUAUAAUGUUUUCUGUAAACUGAACAAAAUGUCUCAUACAUAAUAAGCAUUGCUAACUUAAUUGUCUUAACUACCAUUGUGAUAAAAUACAAAUUCAAAGCAUUACUGAAUUCAUAGUAGAUUUUUGCUAACAUGCAUUUUCUUACAUCAUAAAAAUUAAAUAAUUAAAUAAUAGAAAGUCCCAGGUGUUUUUUUUUUUUUUUUGAGAAUCCCAGAAAUUUUUUGAUGGCCUCAAAACAUUGCUUUAACUGGAUUUAGUCAGUGGCUCCUAUGAGGGUUUUCCUCAGAGACCAUAUCCAAGGAUAUAAAAAGAGUUAAGAUACCACGAAAUUUCUUUUGUAAUUUGCAUCUCAGGUACAUUGACUUGCAAAGAAUGUUCAAUCCAUUCUAGGCCAGUCUUUAAGUUGAAAUUCUGCUGUUAACCUGAAAAGUUUAACUGUUUCUUCCACAACCAUUUGUUUUUAACAUUACCUUCCAUCUUAGAAUCAAUACUGAGUGUUGGUUCAAAGGCCAAAGAGCAGUAAGGGUGAAGUAAUGAGGGUUAAAUGACUUGCCUAGGAUCACACAGCUAGGAAGUUUCUGAGGCCAGAUUUGAACCAGGACCUCCCAUCUCUGGGCCUAGUUCUCAAUCCACUGAGCCACCUUGCUACCCCUUUCCCCAGCCAUUCUUUAUCAACCAUCCUUUUUGAUGUGUGUCUUCUAGAGUAUUUAGUACUCUACAUGUAAAGUACAUUUACACAUAAAACAAAUGGUUGUGAUAUAUUGGUAAAGAAAAAGGCUUUUAUGGCGUAAAUUGGAACAUAAAAUUAGAAUAAGAAUUUGAAGAGUUGAAAGGAACUUGAGGUCAUCUAGUUCAGCUUCUAUAUGCUAUGAAUGUCAUUGAUAUAUGAUUUUUCAUCUGUUAGGUUUUGAUUAUGAGCUAUCUGCCCUUCAGUUAGGAGAGUUAGGUAAUUUUUAUGAAACUUCUUUAAAAAGCACGUUUGGCAUUGUGAUCCUUUGAAAGCAUCUUCAGAAGUCAUAAUUAAAGGUGUAAGCAACAUGGCUUUUCGUCAUUUGAUUGAGUUCACAUACACAGCAAAACUAAUGAUACAAGGUGAAGAAGAAGCAAAUGAUGUAUGGAAAGCAGCAGAAUUUCUUCAGAUGUUGGAAGCCAUCAAAGCACUCGAAGUUAGGAACAAAGAAAAUUCCUCACCACUAGAGGAAAAUACAACUGCAGGAAAAAAUGAAGCAAAAAAGAGGAAGAUUGCUGAAACUUCCAAUGUUAUCACUGAAUCGUUACCCUCUGCAGAGUCAGAGCCUGUGGAAAUUGAGGUGGAGAUUACUGAAGGGACAAUUGAAGUAGAAGAUGGCCUAGAAACGCUAGAAGAAGUAGCUUCUGCAGAACAGUCUAUAAAAUACAUACAGAGCACUGGUUCCUCUGAUGAUUCUGCUUUGGCUUUGUUGGCUGAUAUUACCAGCAAGUAUCGUCAGGGUGAUAGAAAAGGGCAGAUUCAAGAAGAAGAUGGCUGUGCAUCUGAUCCCACAAGCAAACAGGAACACAUGAAAUCACACUCCACUGAGAGUUUCAAGUGUGACAUAUGCAAUAAAAGGUAUCUUCGGGAAAGCGCAUGGAAACAGCACCUCACCUGUUACCACCUUGAGGAAGGUGGAGCCAGCAAGAAACAACGUCCGGGGAAAAAAAUUCACGUAUGCCAGUACUGUGACAAACAGUUUGACCACUUUGGGCAUUUUAAAGAGCACCUUCGCAAACAUACAGGUGAAAAGCCUUUUGAAUGUCCAAAUUGCCAUGAACGUUUUGCUAGGAAUAGUACACUCAAAUGUCAUCUGACUGCAUGCCAAUCUGGUGUGGGGGCUAAAAAAGGACGAAAGAAGCUUUAUGAAUGUCAGGUCUGUAACAGUGUAUUUAACAGCUGGGACCAGUUCAAAGAUCACUUGGUAAUACACACAGGAGAUAAACCUAACCAUUGUACCUUAUGUGACUUGUGGUUUAUGCAAGGAAAUGAGCUGAGGAGGCAUCUCAAGGAAAUACACAACAUUUCAGAACGAAUAGUGACAGAAGAGCUCCUUUCUGUAGAGACGGUGGAAACUGAACCUGUGACAUCAAUGACUAUUAUAGAACAAGUGGGGAAGGUGCAUGUGUUGCCACUGCUUCAGGUCCAAGUGGAUUCAGCCCAAGUAACUGUGGAACAGGUCCAUGCAGAUCUGUUGGAGGACAAUCAGGUGCAAGGCACACAGGUGGAGGAGCUACCAGAACAGGUCCAAGUUAGCUAUUUAGAAGUGGGUCGAAUUCAUACGGAAGAAGGGACCGAAGUACAUGUGGAGGAACUGCAUGUUGAACGUGUAAAUCAAAUGCAAAUGGAAGCACAGGAUGAUCUUCUAGAAGAUGCCGACCUAGAGCAAGGGGACCCUGAAAUCAUGGACCAGGGAGAAUUAGAAGAGAGUAAACAGACCCAAGCAGAUGCUGCUGAGGCCAGUAAGGAAGAUCACGGGCAAGGUGAAGAUUUAAAGACUGAACCCAUGGUAGAUGGACAGACUUUAAAAACACAAACCUAGGACAGAACAGCUGUGCCAGUUUUAGGAUGAAAUACCAAAUGAAAAAAAAUUUUUUAAUUUACAUUUUGGGGUUUUUUUUUUUUUUAACUAAGGGCAGUGUGACUAUCCUUAGGAAAACAGGUGGACCAAAGCUAGAAUAUUUCCUAUACUGCUGAACCGCUCAUAUUAUCCAGAUCUGAUUUUUUUUCAUUUUCAUUUUUUCACUUUUGCCACAGAAGAGAGAAAUUUCCCAGAAAUGUGUAGUUUUGAAAAGUUGAUUAGUGGAAUCUUAACUGGAUUGCAACUUUAUUAUACUAUUUGGUGUGAAUGUAGCUACUUUCAUUGUGAUAAAGUUUCUUCUUCCCCAGGUCAAUGCCCUUCCUGAAACAUUUUGCAUAUUAUAAAAUCACAUGUGAAAUCAUUAAAAUACAUAUACGUGUUCAUGCAGUCUAAUGCAUGUUAGAACAUAUAGAAAACAGGUCUGCAUGAACAAAAACACAUUUGUCACUGGGCAGUAAAUUUUAGCUUUUGGCUUUCUUUUUCCACCCAGUGUUCAGAGGCCAGCUCUGCGGCAGGGACAGAGAAAUGGUGUCAAGUUUCAAAAUGCAAAAAAAAAAUAAUUUAAAAAACCCACACCCAUGUGCCUUUUUCAAAACUGACUAAACUUCUACAAAGCUUCUCUAGCUCUUUAAAGGUUUGUGUGGUAAAGAGCAGUGUAGAUAAUGCUAUAGUGCUUUAUAUUUUUGCUUAUAAUUGUCAGCUACCAAUUCUUUUUCAUUUUAAGGUUGAUUUCAUACUGUGGCAGUUUUUAAAAGGGCCAUUUACAAUUGGGAGAUUUGGCAGCAUCUGUGGUAAAUUUUAUUUGGAUAAAAAGUUGCACUAGUAUUUUACCACCAGAUGGAAAAAAGAUUAAAGAAAAGCAUCAUUUAAAAUUAAUGUAUUUAAAAGCAAGUACAGAGAAAAUAUGUAUAUAAUAUAUCAGGCUUUGGUUUUGAAAUGGAACCUUCCCCCCCUCAUCCUUAAUGUAAAGAUCUUGUGCUAAAUCUUUUAAAGCCAUAUAUAUGAGUGCUAAACUGUGGAUUUAAAAGUAGGAGUGUAAAUAUUUUUAAUCAGUAUUACUUGGAAAAUAAAAUAUAACCAACCACACAAAAUAAACCAAUGUGAUAUCAUUUCCUUGACAUGUUGAAAAAUUCAGGAGAUAUUUUAAUCUUUUAAAGUAAACUUUAAAAUAUAUUUGUGGUUCUAAUUUUUAGUACUUGUGUGCAUGCAUGUAUCUGUUCUUUUUUUAAUGUACCUGGUACAUAAAGGGUUAAGUGGAUGACUACAAGUAUAAGCCCAACUUCAGAAUUCUUAGUAGGAAGGAGCAAAUCAAGCUCAAUAAAUGAUUUUUAUUCUUUUGGUUUUAUUCUUUUUAAAUUUUGGGAUUUUAUUUGAUAUUUUUAUUGUUAUAGGUUGGGAUCCCUUAAUCCGACAGGGAGAGGAAAACGGAGUUCUAACUUACAUGACUAACGAUUGACUCCUGCAUAGGUUUCAAAGUGUUGGAUAAAGACCAGCUGCUAAAAUUAUUUAAGGUGAUUGUAAUGUCAAUGAUACCUUGUUUGUAAAACACAGAAGCAAAUUACCUACUCAGCUCUUGAUAGAGCAGAAGGUGAUUAAAAACAGUUAAAUUUUAUGAAUAUA